UAAAAUCUGAAGGCUCUUUAAACAGAGACAAACCCAAUGUUUCUGUUUCAGGAGAAACAUGUGAGUGGAAAAAAACAGAUGUGAGAGGGACGCCUGACUGGCCAAACCCAUUAAUGAUGAGGGGACGGGAAAAGAGCAACAACAACAACAACAACAAACAGUGGGGCGGGUUAGCUUUGUAACUACAUAACAAAGACAUGAAGUACGAGAACAACCUGCAGGUUCAUAGAGAGCGAAAACAAGCACAAACAAAAUUUACUGAUUUGCAGAGGGGGAAAACAUCUAGACCAGUUUUUCAGUAUCACCGUGGGAUAGAUGACAGGAUGCAAUUCCAGGCUCGGCUCACGUCUGAGUUUACAGUCCUGUGUUCCUCCUGCUUUACGAGGAUGUAAAUCACACUGACUCACGGAGGAACUGGACCACUUGAGAAAAAAAAUCUAUACCCAGUGUAAACAGCAUUAAUGCCUUCUAACCUAAGGUGGAGUCACUUGAAGGCUGGCAACUCAUCAUCUGGGAGGUAUAGACAGCCGCAGCUUACCUCCAGCUGAUCGUUGAGAGACUCGUCUUCAUCCUGUCAAAGCUGUUGUAAAGAUAACGACACACUUUCCCACUGAGAAAGGAGUAAAACAUCUGAAUCUCACAAAUACAUACAUUUACUAAAAUCUGCAGCACAGGAAGCACUCUUUCUCAGCGCGAACAUCUCAUCCCAUCCUCACAGACAUGUCUGGGAAAGUAAUCUUUGUCUUUGCACUGCUGGUGACGCUGCUCGUCUCUGACUCAACGUCCUCACCUGAGAGCUCUGCAGUUGGGGAGGCAAAGGGAGCAAACGUCCUGCAGCGGUUUCUGGCCAAGAGAGAGAAAGUGAGAGGGGCAGUGGCUCGGGCGGAGAGACGGGCGCACCUGUCUGAGGACGAGAGGGAGAUAAUGACCAAACAGAUUAUGCAAGCCAUCACAGAGGUGAUGAACUCUGAGUGCAUGUCGGAUCGGGACUACCAGGGCUGGGUGGAUUUCGGACGCAGGGAUGCAGCAGACUGAGGAAGGACAGCCGGAGAGUGUUUCUGUUCAGACUGUACAGAAAAGUUGAAGUUUGACUAUAAAUAAAUUACUUUGCAGAAUCAC